AUGUCUCUUGAAGACAUUGUCAAAUCUCUUGCCACUAGUACCCAACAAUUCCGAAAGGAGACAAGGACUAGUAUCUCCAACCUUGAAGCACAAAUGGGAGAUAUAGUAACAUCUGUAAGCAAGUUGGAGUCCCGUGGCAAAUUACCUUCUCCAACCGAAAAGAAUCCUAAUGUCAAUAUAAUGACAUUGAGAAGUGGUAACCAAACCGGAGAGAGUAGUUUACAGAGGAAGUCAAGCGAAGAUGAGGAAGAAAUAGAGAUCACUCCCAUUGAGGAUACUAUUAUCAAGAAUGAUACGCAAGUUGGAUUUCCAAAGAAGACUACCCCUCUAGUGACUCCAAUAGCCACUCAACCACCAUUCCCCUACCAACUUGCAACCUCAAAGAAGAAUGUGGAGGAGAAGGAGAUCUUGGUCACCUUCCAAAAAGGUGAAAGGGAUGUCACUUUUAGUAGCGCCGUGAUCGAUCUCGGUGUCAUGCCCUAUUCAUUAAAUGAAUCGUUGAAUAUGGAUCACUUAAGUGAAAUAGGUGUCAUAACUUCUCUUGCGGAUAAAUCAACUGCUUUUCCUAGAAGAUGUUUUGGUGCAAGUGAACCAAUUGGUCUUCACGAUGGAUUCUAUGUAAUUGAUUUAAAAGAACAAGUCUCCUCCAAAUCGGCUCCAAUUUUUCUUGGGAAACCAUUUUUGAAGACGGAUAGAACAAAAAUCGAUGUGUAUGCGGGAAGUUUAACAAUGGAGUUUGAUGGUGAAACAAUAAGCUUUAACAUCUAUGAUGCUAUGAGAUAUGCUAGUGAUGUUCUAUACUUGUAUUUUGUUGAUGUUGUUGAACCACUAACCUAA